CGACUGCAGUGACAUCAUGAAGCUGCAGCAUAUAUUUCCCGCGCUGCUGUUGUGCCUGUCCGUGGCACAGGCAACGAUGCCCCCUUUCACAUGGCUGCCUAGGCUGUUCACUCCUCCGUCGCUGACCAACGUGCUGACCGGCCUGCUGCCAUUCCCACUGGCGCUGCCCUUGGCCCUUGUGGGGCCCAUGCCCUUUGCCCUGCCCGUCCUCGUCGGUCUUAAGGCUGCCGGCCUGCUGGGAUUGGGCGUCGCUACCGGAGGAGCCGCCGGCGCCGGCAUGGCCGGACUCGGUGCCAUUGGUCUCAAGGCUGCCCUUAUCAAUUCGGCUGCACUGAAGAUCGCCGGCUUAGGCGCCAUGGCUGCCAAGGCCAAGGUCACCUCUGCUGCUGCCAAGGCCGCGGCGGAAGCUGGAGUGAAGGCUAUUGUCCACCAGGCAAAGUCGAAGAUCGCAGCUCCGCCCGCCGUGGCGCAUGUGGCUCCUGUCGCACCAGUCGUCGCAGCACCAACCGUGCCUGUGGUCCCUGCUGUGACGACCGUGAAGGUCAUCAAGACGCCGCCAGUCAUCACUGUCCGCCCCGUUCCGGUUAACCCAUGGAAGUUCGCCGCCGCCCUGCCGACUGGGUGGGACCACUCCAUGACCUACGGACACCCGUACUUCGGAUACGGCUUCACCAGGAGCGCCAUUGAACUGCGCAAGCGCAGGGAGGCCCCCUCGACCAACGCUGCCCUGGAUUCGGCAGUUGGAAUGAACCCGCAGGUGCUCAAAAGCAUCUUCGAGUACGUGACCAGCUACGACGCCGAGCGUUGCGUCCUGCGGGUCGUCUGCGAGGUGGCUGCCCAGCCUAGCCUGGCCGGGCCCCAGGGCAAGAACGUGGCUGAAUUCAUGGCGUCUCUGUCCAAGGACAACUCUGGCACCCCCUGGAUGCCGUACCGUGACGCCGCUGCCACCGGACAGGUGUCCGCUAACCGCAAAGAGUGUCAGGAGCGCUACCCCACGUGCUCCCAGUCCACCGAGGCGCUCGUUGAACUGGCACAAACCAGGAUCGCCCAGGCUUCCGAGUCCGUGACCGGGGCCGCAACCAGGCUGUCAACCCUCGUCAAGCCGCCAUCGCGGGCGCCAAGCGUCCGCUGACAGUGGCCGCUGCCACCGGCCGUACAUCACUUGCUCCAUCCACGUCCCCACCAAGUGCAUGGAAUAUUCGCUGUACAUAGCUAGUAGUGACCUACUGAAUUAAUGUAAUGUGUAAUACUUCAUAUAACGUGUAAUGUGUAAGUCCUUGCGUCUGAUGAAAUAAAAAGUACUAUGUCAAUUCGCAA